ACAGUGGUUGUCCGCCCUCAGGAGCAGGAGAUGACAGAUGACCUCGAUCACUACACCAAUACUUACCAGAUCUACUCCAGUGACCCCAAGAACUGUCAGAAUUUCCUUGGCUCACCAGAAGUCAUCAACUGGAAACAGCAUUUGCAGAUCCAAUGUACACAGCCCGCCCUGAAAGAGGCGAUACAAAAUCUCGCAGCUCUGAAAUCCUCCAAAGUCGAGGAAACAGAAUGCUUUCUUUAUAUGCCAGCCGAGACAAUAAAGAAAAUGAUUCCUUCCCUGUUGGACGUGAAGAAAUUAUCACCUAAGGGUGGCAAGCCCAAGGCCAUCAACCAAGAAUUGUUUAAACUCUCAUCCUUGGAUGUCACCCAUGCUGCCCUGGUGAAUAAAUUCUGGCAUUUUGGUGGCAAUGAGAGGAGCCAGAGAUUCAUUGAGCGCUGUAUCCGGACCUUGCCCUCUUUCUGUCUGCUGGGGCCUGAGGGGACCCCUGUGUCCUGGAUCCUGACAGAACAUACAGGAGAGCUGAGGAUGGCAAGCACC